CUUCUUUUAGCGCAUAUUCAUCAUAGUUCAUUUAGUUUUUAAGCAUACCUUAUUUCUAGAUAUCGCCAUGGCCGCCAAGGACAAGAAGGAGGAAAAGCCUUCCGGCGAAGGGAUGAGAUCGCUUCGGGCCAUUCUGUCGAAGCUUCCCACGAUUCUCAAGGUCACUAUAUUACAUGCCAUCGGCGUGUCAGAGACUUCCCGGUAUCGUGACCUGAAGAGCGAAGUGGUAAUCGCGGUCAUACGGGCGUUGCUUGACCCCUCGAAUCAGGGGCCUCUCGCCGAGGUGCAAGCCAUGAGCUUGAAGGACUCCGGCGUCAAGGGGAAAUUGUGGGUUAGCGCGGUGGUUUCCGAGCCCCCUCCGGAGCGAGGCAUUCGAGACGCCCUGCUGGCGGCCAUCGACACCCUGAACGAGCCCGGCAGGAGAGGCGCGGAGCCGUCGUUCAGGAUACCGGAACUCGUGCCCGUCGAGGCCGAGUGGACGGGAUACAGAGCCGCCGCGUCCAAAAACUCCAAGCCGCCGGAGAUCCCGGAAGAGCAGAAGUACCACGAGAUGAUGAAAGAGUGUAAGAACUCGUCCACCAUCUUGUACUUGCACGGCGGAGGUUAUUACCUGUGCGACCCGUCGACAUAUAGGGCGAUGCUGAAGCGGAUAACCAAGCUGACUGGCGGUCGCGCGUUCUCGAUUAGAUAUCGGCUCGCGCCGCAGGACCCAUUCCCAUCUGCGCUGCUAGAUGCAUUAGUGUCUUACUUCACUCUUCUCUACCCGCCCCCGGGAUCGAUACACGAAGCCGUUGCUCCCGGGGACAUUGUCUUCGGUGGUGAUAGUGCGGGCGGCAACCUUGCUCUAGCCCUUCUCCGAACGCUCAUGGAGAUUCGACAUCAGAACCGCAAGAUCUCCUGGUUCGGCGAGGAACGAGAAGUCCCCCUGCCUGCUGGCGUCGCUGUCACGUCCCCGUGGAUAGACAUGGUGCAGACUCUACCCUCGCUGACCAGGAACUUACAAUGGUGCUAUCUCCCUCCCCCAAGACUACUUUCCGAAGAGCACCAGCCACCAGCAGAUAGCAUAUGGCCGGCAAACCCGCCCCGAAAACACCUCUACCUCGACGACGAUUACAUGCUCCACCAAUUAGCCAGCUUACAGAUGACCGAGUCCUGGGAGGGCGCCCCGCCGGUAUACAUAUCAUGCGGGUGGGAGGCUCUUGAAGACGAGAUUAAGUAUAUCGUGUCGAAGUUUACGCGUGACGGCGUGACGGUGAUGUUCGAGGAGUACGAAGCGAUGCCCCACGUGUUCGAGAGCUUCCUGCCCAAGAUCCCCGCGGCGCAGCGUAGCCGGGAAGGCUAUGCGAAGUUCGUCAAAGCCGUGUGCGAGGACCCGAAGAAGGUCAAGCCGUCGUAUAAGUUGAUCAAGGCUAGGACCCUGGAGGAGUUGAAUAUCAAGGUGGAGAAGCUAAGCCCGCAUACCGACGAGGAAGUAAGGGAGCUCGCGAGAAAGGAGGCGGCUAUACAGAGAGCAUCCGUUACACCAGCGCCAGAUGUCGAGGCAAAAGCGUGAAAUCCCCGACCAGUGCUCAAAGAGAGACUUUGGUCCUAGAAAAAUUCAAAUGUAUAAUGAGGAGGGUAAUGGAUGAUGCGUAUGCCUUUCAUGUCUUAAAAUAUAAUGGUAAUGAGCGUGAUAUACGUAUAAUGUAAUUUGAUGUAUUUUAUUCUUGUUCGUUUGUAUUUCUUGAGAAAAUACAAACAUCUUCUGUAUAUCUACGAUUACAGCAAUUCAAAU